AUGAAGGAUCACAAAUAUAUGUUAUCUAGACUUAUCACGGCGGACCCCGGUCUUCCGCGGCCGUAUACCAGAGAACCAUACUGGUUGCGAAUUCCCCACACCCUUGGAGAACACCAAUCCCCCACCUUGGCCCCGGACACUGAUGUUGUCGUGAUUGGCUCUGGUAUCACAGGCGCAAGUGUCGCGCAUAAUCUACUUGAAGGCGACGACACUAUCCGCGUGACUGUACUGGAAGCGCGCUCGCUUUGUUCGGGUGCCAGUGGCCGAAAUGGCGGACAUAUGGUGGCGUAUGGGGGCACAGACUAUGAUCUUUUGAAGACGAAAUUGGGAGUGGAGGAAGCCCUUCAAGUCAUUGAUUUCACGUUCCACACUCUUGAUGACCUCGUGACACUGAUCCGUCAACAUGGCUGGGAGGAAGACAGCAAGUAUCGAGGUGUGACCCGUAUCCGGACUUUCGGAGAUGUGGAGACUUUGGAAGCUGCCCGGAGAAGUAUUGCGGAGUUUGUCGCUCAGCGGCCGGAUAUGCAGGGGUUUUACAAAUUCAUUGACCCGGAAGAGGCCCGAAAGGAUCACGGGCUGCAUGGUGUCACAGGCGCUCUUCUUUUCUCGGCUCAUGCUUUGUGGCCGUACAAGCUUGUGGGCAAGGUGUUUGAACGACUCGUCAAGGAAUAUCAGUCAAGAUUUCAAUUGGAAACAAACACUCCGGCUUUGUCUUUGCAGUAUGAAAAGAAAUGCUGCUGCACAGAGCCUUGUUACACUAUAAACACACCACGAGGCGCUAUCCGAGCAACCCAUGUUGUCUACGCCACGAAUGGUUAUACGGGUCAUCUUCUUCCUGAGCUCCGGGGUCCGUUAUACGCCCAUCAAGGCUCUAUGACGGUCCAAAACUUCGGACCGGAAGUUCCUAAUAAUGGCGGGCAGUAUACUUGGAGCCAUCAUCAUCAGCCCCGCCACAAUCCUGCAACCACGACCACGACAUUCGGGACAUACUAUCUCCAGCAAAAUGCCGAAUCGGGGUACUUUUUCUUCGGAGGGGAGCGGACAACAGCAGAGCAGAGCCUCAGCACCGAUGAUACACUCCCUACACCGGGGACUACGCAGCAUCUAGAAUUAAAACUCGCGUCAUUAUUAGGAAAGCAGCCCAAGUCAGCUCAAUUGAUCAGUGAAUGGAGCGGCGUGAUGGGCUACACAGCGGACAAACUCCCGCUUGUGGGCCCGGUCCCUGAGGAAGUGAGUCACAGAAGCGGAAAAGGAGAAUGGAUAGCAGCCGGGUUCAAUGGCAUGGGAAUGUGUUAUGCCUGGCGCUCCGGAAAAGCAGUGUCGAAGACAAUCUUAGGCGAAAAGAUGAGCGAUUGGAUUCCCAAGGCAUUCAUGUUAUUGGCUGAGCGGCUUAAUCGGAACCUUCUCACGGAAGCCAGCGUGGAGGAGUUGAUGAGAUACUUUCCACCGGCAUCCUCGAAAAGAAAUCAGACGGCACUUCUUUAG